AUGGUUCUAGUAGAGACAAAGUUGGAAUGGGUUACAAGAGGAAUUGUUAGAAGCAUAUGGAGUUGUCCUGACAUAGAUUGGUUAUAUUUGGGUUCUGUGGGUGCUUCUGGUGGAAUUCUGCUCAUGUGGGACAGAAGGGUGGUUGAAAAGAUAGAGGAAGCAGUAGGGUUUUUUUCGAUUUCGUGUAGGUUCAAAAACAUCAGUGACCAAUUUGAGUGGGCUUUCACAAGUAUCUAUGGUCCAAAUUUGAACAGGAAACGUCAAUAUAUGUGGGAGGAAUUGGCAGGCUUGAACAGUUGGUGGAAUUUGCCAUGGUGUUUGGGAGGAGACUUUAAUGUCAUCCGCUUUCCUUUGGAGAGGUUAGGGGCGGGAAGAUUUACUCCCUGCAUGUAUGAUUUUUUGGAUUUUAUAUCUCUCUGUGGGCUUAUGGACAAUCCUCUGGAGGGAGGCCUUUACACAUGGUCUAACUCCACCUCAACCUCUAGAAUAGAUCGGUUUCUCCUCUCUCUGGUUUUGGCAGAUUACCUCUUUCAUUUCUCCCAAAAAAGGCUUCCUAGAAUGUUAUCCGAUCACUUCCCAAUUCUUUUGGAGAGUGGGAAUCAUCACAGAGGGUGUAUUCCUUUUCGUUUUGAGAAUAUGUGGUUGAAGGCGGAGGGGUUUCUAGAUAAGGUGAAGUCUUGGUGGGAAAAUUACCAUUUUCAAGGGACUCCUAGAUUCAUUCUUGCCAAGAAGUUGACUGCUCUAAAAGUGGACCUAAAGAAGUAG